CUGCUGUUAUACUGUUACUUGGUACAUAUUUCUUUAAAGUUUAUAUUCUCCCACAAGGCCACAACUCACUAAUCCUCUAUGCAACUUUUCAUAUUUGAUAUUUACAACUACAGACUUUAAAACAUAUAUAAUAACCUGCUGUUAUACUGUUACUUGGUAUUUUAAAUUUAUAUUCUCCCACAACUCACUAAUCCACUAUGCAACCUUUUAGAAACACCUUAGAGUUAUUAAUAAUGAUCUCAAUAGCACGGCUGGCCUGUGGGGCCCCUGCAUCAUACGCUGCAAAAGUACCAGAGGUCAAUAUAGUUCAAAAUCAGAGUCGUAUACAGUAUCACUCUUUGAUGACCCGUCAAUCUAGAUGCAAGAUAAAUCAAGUGCGAAACGACUCGGGAGAAUGUGAGUGCGCGGUAGAUUACCCGAUCUGGAAUGAACUGAAAGACUAUUGUGUUGACGAUUGCCCUUCAGGAUCGAUACUAAGGAAUAGUGAGUGCCGUUGCAAAGACCUGGACCAGGUGUGGUCGGACGCCGAGUUUGCCUGUAUCGACCAUAGCAUUGAUAUCGUCACUGACACUUCUGACGGCGAGGACGAAUUUGAGGAACUGGAAAGCAACACGUCUUCCACAACAUGCGGAGAAGAAUAUAUAAGUAGCGACUGUGACAAUCGGUCAGAUUUUGAGACGCGCAAAAGUUGUUGCGUGGCUGAAGGCUGUGAAGAAUUUGACGAGUGUAGUGCAGAAUUAUGUUGCGGGGUGUGGGUACGACCUGCUACUGCGGCAAUGUCCUUUGUUUCAGAGUCUAUGGACGGCGAUUCUCUUCUGAGGUGCGAAGCAGUUAUAGACGAGACCACUUGCAAGGAGGAUGGCAUGGUUUUGCUCAAACGACAAAGGUGCUGUUUCGAUGAUACUUGUGACGCGCAACUGGAGGUUUGCAGCGCUGAGGUGUGUUGCGGUGACGACUGAGAAAUAUGGGAUUUGUAUUCCCACAAUACCGCCUAAUCUUGGAAUGUCAUCCUAAAGUUAUGUUUGCCUCAAGACCUUAAUGCUCAUCACUGUAUGCGUUCAUUACAACAAGCUAUGGACCUGCGUCAUGUGCUGAAUUCAUGGAUAUGUGCCGACCUGAGUGUCUAUCUUUGCCGAAGUGAUCCCCCAAUAUUGGAUAGUCCUUGUUAGACUGCCUUUCAUAUACACUAUUCUGAGUCGCUGUGACCAGUAUCCAUGAUAAGCGUUGGCGAAGCCUGCAAAUUUUCAUAAGCGUAGGGAUUUGAGUCAGGAUCGUUUCCUUGUUAGCGAGGGACAGACAGGGCACGACAAUCAGUGACAGAGAACACGUUGGUACACGAGAAUCUGCGAGAAAAUUAACAUCGCUGACACACCUCUGAGUCGAAGUCAUCGUCAUUCGGCGCACGCAUGUUCUCCUCGGAUUCCUCGGCAGAGUCCUACAUAGUAGGUUGUGAUAUGUACUAGAAUGUUAGCCGGUUACACAAUCAGUGCGAACUAAGGAGUGCACAUUCACAGUUGAACACAACAACGUGCCUCAACUCGUAAGAUUUAAGUGCUGUCCCUUAAUAUGGUAGACACUUACAUCCGAGUCGAUCGCCGCAUCAAUCUCGUCUGCAAUAUCCUCUGGCUCUGGCGUAGAUGGUUUUAUUUUCACAGAACCUAAGCGGUAGGUCAAGGCAGGGUGAUUUAAUUAGAUCGUCAGAAUUUUGUUUGAUCCAGACACUCUUCAGAAUAUUUGCUGGAAAAGAUAACUGAAUUAGUCAGGCUUACUAUACCGGUACCUCGUGGUCCUAGGGUAGGCAUAUCCACCUUCCCGAAUGUUGGCAUGUUGGCCGGUACGGAGUUGGCACCAUUUUUAUCGCCCUCGCCAUCUGAGGUGUUAAGUGUACUUGCUUUUAGAACGGAAGUUCUCAACCAAAAACCUAUUAAAGAAAACGGUUUGCAAGCGAUUGACUGAGUACCUCUGAAUGAUGAAUAGCUACUCACCAUGUUUCUCGGCUUCAUGUGUAGCGCCGGAACUCGGGGUCAAUACCGGCCUGCUAUUGCCGGAGGACCGGUUACUAGAAACAUUGAGACUUUUCCCUUCCGCGACUUGUAGGUGGGACGUGGGCUGUUUACUCCCCGCUUGCGUCAUAUCCGGCGGGCUAUGCGAUAGCUUGCUUUUUUUGCGUUUUAAAUUGCCAUGUGAAUUCUUCGCACUGUCCUCUUUCUCGGCGAGCGGUGUUGUACUCAAUAGUGGUCCUAAAUUAGGUAGCGCGGUGUGAAGCGACAUUGUGUAGUGUUCAGUUAACGAGAAUAAGCAUGUCACGUCUGAUUGACCGAGAAGCGAACGGAGGCACAUAAUGCGUUAAAUGUUCGACGCUACGGAAUUAAGGAACAAAGCGGAAAAUGUGCGUCUUACUUUUGGCAAAAGUGGCACCCCCUGAUCUAGCACCACUCACUUCCUGCGACUGUUAUGUGAUGAGCAAAGUUUAGGUCAGAUUGCGAUAGCACCUGACAGGCUAACAAAGCAUAUUGAAUACGUCUGGGGCUUCUGAAUGUGUAGCGCUUUAACGAAUGACAAUACUUAAAUCACAUGAUCACAUACGUACAUGCCA